AUGAGCUCCGUGUCCUCAGACGUGUACGUGGUGGUCGAGACGGUGACGGGGUACGCGCCGGAGGCGGGCGAGGGCCCGGGGGCGCUGGCGCCGCUGCUGCCGCCGCUGCCGCCGUUGGCGCCGCUUCACGUGGCGCCGGACGCCGCGCUGCUGGCCGGUGCGUGGCUGGACGACGACGACGCGCUGCACGUGCGCCACCGCCUGCAGAAGCUCGACUUCUACUUCCAGCUGCUGCGCAUCCUCAGCGAGGACUGCCGCCAGCGCGUGCUGUGCGAGGUGGCGCGCGAGCCCGAGCGCUUCAGCCCGCUCGCCGCCGUCCUCGGGGAGGUCACCAGCUUUUCUGGGAGCUACCAGUACGUGACGUCACACCUCAUCAACACGACGGAGGGUGCGCGGCUGCUGUCGUACAUGGAGGCGUCCUUCCGCGGCCAGGACAGGGCGCGCUCGUGUGCCGUGUUCCAGUACCGCUGCCCGUCGCGCACCGAAGACAUGAUCAACUAUGACGCCCUCUGCCUGUGGCGCGAGAUGGUGCGCUGGCUCACCAUCCACGUGGUAAUUUCAUUAGGUGUUGCAGCUGCUACAUUAGGUUAUAGAUUUGAUGUCCAAAAUGACGGUUACGGUUUUCGAUCUUUAAUGGAGGGAACAGCUCUUCUAGCAACAGUUACCUUUAUUGCCAGCCUGGGUCUCGUUUAUGGAGUAAUAGAGUUGACGAAAAUAAUAACAUAUUUUUUAAAAAUUUCUAUUGAACGUACUGAAUAUUUAUAUUUACAUUUUUGA